CUCAAACUCAAAACAAGAAGAGAGAGAGAGAGACGCAACAAAAUCAAUCGUCCUCUUCCGAUAGCCACAUAAAACGAAAAGAAUCAAAACACGAAAUCAGACGAAGAUCUUCUCUAGAGUGAUUACAUCAAUCAAUUUGAAACCCUAAUUGUUCAAAUUCAUCUGCUUUCUUCUUCCCUCUUCUUGUCUUAUCAUCAUCUCACAAAGUUUCGAUUUUUAUUUUUCUUUUCAUCAAAACAUCUCUGUUUUCUUAACUGGGUUUCGUUGUUUCGGAUUCACUUUGUAGAAAAAGAGUUUUUUUUUUUGUCUUUCUUUUCUUUUUCAAUCUCGACUCAAAACCCACAUGGGAUUGGCACUAAACAGUAGACUGACAAGAAGAAGAAGAGUAGCCAUCAUCAUCAUCGACAUCGAGUGUUUAUUACGAUUAUGUCCUUAGCAGAAGAAUCUUCAGACUCAGUUUUCACUGAAAAAGAAGAAGAAGAAGAAUCUUUCAACCGUCGAUACACUCUAUGGAUCAAAGAAGCGUUAGACGAGCUUCCUCACAAUUUCACAAUCACCGACCCGUUUCUUUCGGGUCACCCGAUUGUUUUCGCCAGCUUAGGGUUUUUGAAGAUGACCGGGUACUCGAGAGCAGAGGUGAUCGGAAGAAACGGCAAGUUUUUCCAAGGUCCCAAGACUAAUCGUAGAUCGAUCAUGGAGAUCCGUGAAGCGAUUCGUGAAGAGAGAUCUGUUCAAGUGAGCUUGUUGAACUAUCGUAAAUCUGGGUCUCCGUUUUGGAUGUUGUUUCAUAUGAUCCCUGUUUUUGGGAGAGAUGAUGGUAAAGUCAUCAAUUUUGUUGCCGUUCAGGUCCCGAUCUCGGGACGAGAUCAUCAUCAUCGGAAGUUGACAAGUGUAGGAGAUGAUGUCUCGUCGUUGGAUCAUUCUGAAUUGGUGUUUGGUUCUUGUCGAAGAGAGGUUUGUUUUGGUAAUUUCGUGCAGCAUCAGGAUCAUCGAGCUUUACCUGUGGAAUGUGAUGAUGAUGAACAAGGAUUAGAGGAUUGGGAGUACUGUGAAGCGAGCGAGUCUGAGAAGCUAAGAGCUGCGGAAGCAAUUAACAAUGUGUUAUCUGUUUUAACACGUUACAGCGAGUUGAGUGGUAGAUUAGUCUGCGGGAAACGGUGCUGCUUGCGAGGAGUAGAUUGUCUAAGCUCGUCGUUAGUUAUUUCUCUUGGUAGAAUCAAACAAAGUUUCGUAUUAACCAAUCCAUGCAUACCCGACAUGCCUAUUAUUUAUGCGAGUGAUGCCUUUUUGACAUUGACUGGCUACAAGAGGCAUGAAGUGUUGGGACAAAACUGUAGAUUUCUGAGUGGAGUUGAUACCGAUUCCUCAGUUCUUUACGAGAUGAAGGAGUGCAUCUUAAAGGGACAAUCAUGCACAGUGCAAAUACUAAAUUACAGUAACAGAAAAGAUAAGAGCACAUUUUGGAAUCUUCUUCACAUCUCACCAGUUCGUAAUGCUUCAGGCAAGACAGCAUAUUUUGUAGGCGUUCAGGUCGAAGCAAGUUGCAGAAAUACUGAAAGUAAAGAGCUGAGACCGGAGACAAAGCAACUGAGUGUGGUCGGUGCUGUAAGAGUAGCGGUUAGGAGCUCAUUCAUGGUGACAUGCUAAUAUAAGCCCAGAAAGAUGAAAAUACCUCUUAGAAAGAAGUAGAAAAGAGUAUGAAUUGAAUUGGUCAUAUAUAUGUAUAAUCUUUGUACAUGAAUGAAGUCCUCAUUUUGAUCCUUAACAAAGUUGGUUCAGCUGAGUC